AUGAGUGACACACUAAAACCUCCUUCACUCCAGGUGAGCAUGCCACAAGAUGUCCCAGCAUAUUCAGAUGGAGAUGGCAACACUGCUUCGGACUGCACCGUGCGAUCCAGCUCUUCAACUCCUACUCUUCAACGCAAACGCUUAAAGAUGCGGCACAUGAGGAACGUAGCCAGUGAAAAAGAGAUGAUGAGAGUUCGGCAAACCAGCAAUCUCUUGACAGCUAGAUCCCCUUCUAGCUUCAAGGAGUACCUUCAGUUGCCUUCUAUUGAGAUUACUCCAUCCAGCGAUGAGGACGCCCCGUCUUCCUGGUCAAGCUGUUCCACUCCCAGUGCAUCCCCUCGCCGCAAGCGUUUCUUGCUGAAGAAGUGGCUGCAGGUCAGAGAGAAGGAGCAAGGCAGUGAAAGCAGCACUGCCAGUAACUCAAAUAAGAACUCACCCUCCUGCUCACCAGUCCUGCGUAAACAUUCGCGCUCUCCCACACCGCAGAGCCAGGAGGGUGAGAACAUGGUGGAGAAGGGCUCUGACCACUCCUCUGACAAGUCCCCCUCCACACCUGAGCAGGUUGUCCAGAGAACGUACUCAGUGCAGUCUGCGCGAAGCGGUGGAAAGAACUCCAAGAGCCAGCCUUGGUACUCCAGAGUGCUGAGUCCGACAUACAAGCAGCGCAAUGAGGACUUCAGGAAACUCUUCAAGCAGCUCCCUGACACAGAGAGACUCAUUGUUGACUACUCAUGUGCUCUUCAGCGGGACAUCCUCCUGCAGGGACGACUCUACCUCUCAGAGAACUGGAUCUGUUUUUAUAGCAACAUCUUCCGCUGGGAAACCCUGCUGACAGUCCGAUUAAAGGACAUCUGCUCAAUGACUAAAGAGAAGACUGCACGCCUCAUUCCUAAUGCCAUCCAGGUCUGCACAGACACAGAAAAGCACUUCUUUACCUCAUUCGGAGCCAGGGACAGGACAUACAUGAUGAUGUUCAGACUGUGGCAGAAUGCCCUGCUUGAAAAGCCCUUAUGUCCUAAAGAACUGUGGCACUUUGUCCAUCAGUGCUACGGCAACGAGCUCGGCCUAACCAGUGACGACGAGGACUAUGUUCCCCCUGAUGAUGACUUCAACACCAUGGGGUUCAGUGAAGAGAUUCCCAAUGAAGAGAAUGAGAUAAACAAUGAAAACAUGACAAAGAACAACACAGAGCAAACCAAGCCUGAGGGGGGAAGUCCACCUCCACUUCAUAAGAAGGUUGUCCCAAACAGCACUAUUCCAAACCCCGGCAAUCAUGAUGACACAGGCAUCACAUUUGAACUCCCAGCAGAGGAAUUUGCAGACUGUUUACCGGAUGGUGAGCUACUGACUGUGCCUCUGAUGGUAGAGGAGAAGACUGAGACCAGUGGGCUUGGCGGUCCUGUUCCCUCACCCUCACUGGACUUUAAUGACAAUGAAGACAUUCCAACUGAGCUCAGUGACUCCUCAGAAACCCAUGACGAGGGUGAGGUCCAGGCUUUCCAUGAGGAUCUGAACGGAAGGCAGCAUAUCAAUGAGGUGUACAAGUUUAGCGUGGACAAACUCUACGACAUCCUUUUCACAGAGUCUCAGUUCAUGAAUGAUUUCAUGGAGCAGAGGCGAUUCUCAGAUGUUGUGUACCAUCCAUGGAAAAAGGAGGAGGCAGGAAACCAGACAAGAGUGAUCAUGUAUACCAUCUCCUUGUCCAACCCGCUGGCACCUAAAACAGCCACUGCCACUGAGACGCAGACUCUGUACAAAUCCAGUCAGGAGAGUGAGUGUUACAUCAUCGAUGCUGAGGUCAUCACGCACGACGUGCCCUACCACGAUUACUUCUACACUCUCAACCGCUACAUGCUCACACGGGUGGCCAAGAACAAGUGUCGAUUAAGGGUUUCAACAGAGCUACGUUACAGGAAACAGCCGUGGGGGCUGGUGAAAGGCUUCAUUGAGAAAAACUUCUGGAGUGGGCUUGAUGAGAACUUCCGCCAGCUAGAGUUAGAGUUGGCAAAGCUAGAAGAAAUCAUCACAGAGGCUCACCAACUCUCUCCGAAGGCUAAGGUGGUGAAGAACUCCACACUGAGGCGGAAAAAAAAACCACUCCCUCAUAUGCGCAGCCAGCAUCUGGAUGAGGCUCUCAGCCCUGUUACUACACCAACAGAUGAGGAAGUGAUUCAGAGGAUCAAACAAGUGGUGGGCUCCACGCAGACCAGACACCAGAGACCAGAACAUCAUCAUUUGCCAGGAGGCCUGGCUCUGUACAGCGUCUCUAAACUGCUGCUCAUUAUCAGCUUUGUGAUCUGUCUCAGCUUGAUCCUGCUUGUGUUCCUCAACAUGAUGCUCUUCUAUAAGCUGUGGAUGCUAGAGUACUCUGCACAGUCAUUAACAACAUGGCAAAGUCUGCGACUUCAGGAGAGUAAACUGCCUCAGACGCAGAUGGAGUGGGCCCAGCUCCUGGAGGCACAGCAGCGUUACCAUGAUGCCGAACUUCAGAAGUGGAGAGACAUUAUUAAGUCAUCGGUGGUGCUACUGGACCAGAUGAAAGACUCGUUGUUGAACCUCCAGCGAGGCAUUGGUUUGAGAGACUACAACUCUGAGACUGAGGAGAAGCCAAGUCGCUAUCACUGACACACCACCACAAGGCCAUGAGGGCAUGCUGUGCAAUAUAGGACCGGUUCUGUUUGUGAAGCAGUAUGCAGGCAACAGCAACACAGAGAGAACACAGACGGAGGCCAACAGUGAGCGGGUCCAAAGACACAAAGAAAGGAACUGUAGUAGUUUCCAGCGCA